AUGUCUCUACCAACGAUAUCGCACUAUAAAGAUACUGGAGCUGUUUGGGUUUUAGCAAGCAAUGGUGAAGUUCCACCAAAUGCUGUUUCUGGUGGACACGAGGCUAAUGGUCAACCAAUAUAUGUUGCACGAUUUACUACAAAGGAAGGUCAAUUAGCUCCAGGCAAACUUGCUCCUAGUCAUAAACAAGCUUUUGUUAGUUGUGGUGGUAAAGAACAAACUUCUACAGUUUAUCAAGUUUUAACUCAUCCAAAUCAACAAGAUUUAAGAUGGGUUCCCACUAGUGGAAAUAAUUUACCAACAGGAGCAUUACAAGCUGGAGGUGAUAAUAGAAGUCCUUUAUUUAUUGGUCGAGCUCCAUUUCAAGGUGGAAUAUGUUGCGGAAAAUUUGAACCAAGUCAUAGUUGUGUUUAUUUGCCAUGGGGUGGACGAGAAAAUAAUAUACCGAAUAAUUUUGAAGUUUUAUGUUUAACUAAGAUUUGUGAAUAA